AUGCCGCCCCUGAUCUCUCGAGGUCUGGACCUUGUGAACGGAUACAGCGUUGAAUAUAUGCACUGCGUACUACAAGGUGUUGCAAAGCAGCUGACGGAAACAAUUCUAUCAAGUUCGAACUCUGAUCAGCCUUUCUAUUCUGGUGCACCAUCAGCACUUUCCCGAAUAGAUCUGCGGCUGCUGUCCAUCAAGCCACCUCACUGCAUCACACGACUGCCACGGUCCAUUCAAGAGAGAAGCCAUUGGAAGGCAUCUGAAUGGAGGCACUGGCUCCUUUUCUAUGCUUUGCCUUGCCUUAAUGAGAUUCUUCCUCAAAAGUACUGGAGGCACCUCUCCAAGCUUUGCGAGGCUAUAUAUAUGCUGCUUCAAGAGGAACUUACCAGUUUCGAAAUUCACAAAGCCGAGUCUCUUCUGAGGAACUUCGUGUCGAGGUGCGAGGCAUUAUAUGGUGUGACAUUCAUGACGUAUAAUGUCCAUGCACUCCUCCACCUUGGAAACUGCGCCCGCUCUCUUGGGCCCCUUUGGGCACAUUCUGCCUUCGUGUUUGAAGGGGGAAAUGGAUACAUCGUGUGGCAGAUUUCUGCAGCAAAGGGCCUUCCAGACCAAAUUAUAGAGCGAAUCAUCAUGUUUCAGCAGCUACAGUGUGUACUUCAAAGGCAACUUCUACUUUCUGAAGAAAAAAGGUUGUGCAAUGGUUUCCUUGGAUAUGCACCGGUAAAAAAUUUUUGCCGUGUUGAUGGCCUAUCGCUCUUGGGCAUAGGUAAAAACACAGUGCUAAGUGCUGAAGAGCAAGAUGCAGUGUAUUAUCGGUGUGAAGUGGCUGUGUCCUCUGCUGUGGAAUAUGAGCGGUUUGUACAAAAUAAGCAAGUUUUCCACAGCACUAGAUUCAGAAGACCAUCAAAAUCGGAUACAACCUUUGUGCGUACAGACGCUGGGUGCUAUGCACGAAUUGAGAAGAUAGUUGUGCUUGAAGAGACAGGCCGCUGCGUUGUCAUCUGCAGACCUGUGAUCAUAGCAGACAUUCGUGCCAUUCCUCCUCACAUAAAGGAGUGCUUCCUUUCAUGUGAUGGAACACGCAAUGCGUUCUUCCCUGAAGAAAUUCUUGACAGCUGUUUGUGCAUAGACUUUGUGCAAGAAGAUAAGAUGCUCAUUUGUGACCUCCCAAACAAGGUCGAAAGGGAUUAA